CCGUCUCCAUCUCCUCCUCCUCGACGCCCACACCUUCUCCCUCUCGCUCGCUGCUCGACCCCCCCCCUCCCCCAAUCCAUGGCGACUGUGGCGGGGAGCAAGAGGGGCGGCGGCCGGGGCCGCAAGGCGCUCGUGGCGGUGCUUGACAACGAGGCCAACAUCUCCGCUGGGAAGGCCGACGUGUUGGCGGCCGUCGGCUCUCCGCAGAAGGCGAAGCGGGCGUCGUCCAAGAGCAAGGCCAAGGCCGCGGCGGAGGUGCCGUCGGUGGCCACUGACGAGAUGGCGGAGCUGCAGGGAAUGCUGGAGCGGCUGCGGCUGGAGAAGGAAAAGGCGGAGGAGAUGGUAAGGGAGCGGGACGAGGUGAUCCGGAAGAAGGAGGAGGAGAUCGAGACGAAGGAGAAGGAGCACGAGCGCCUCCAGGCCGAGCUCAGGAAGGUGCAGCGCGCCAAGGAGUUCAAGCCCACCGUGAGCUUCCCUCUUGUCGAGUCAUUGCUCGAGAAACAUCAGGACGGAGACGACAAGGGCAAGAAGAAGGGCAAGAAGAAGGGGAAGGGCAAGGCCGGCGCCGAGAGGAAGAAGCCCUGCGCGGCGUACGCCCUAUGGUUGAAGGACCAGUGGAACGAGAUCAAGAAGGAGAACACAGAGGCUGACUUCAAGGAGGUAUCCAACGCGCUCGCCGCGAAGUGGAAGGCGCUGGGCGCCGAGGAGAAGCAGCCGUACGAGGAGCUGUACCGGCAGGAGAAGGAGGCCUACCUGCAGGUGGUCGGGCAAGAGAGGCGUGAGGCCGAGGCAAUGAAGCUGCUCGAGGAGGAGCAGAUGCGCUGGACCGCCAAGGAGCUGCUGGAGCAGUACCUCAAGUUCAGGCAGGAGGCCGAGGACGACAACAUUAAAAAGGGGAAGAGGAGGAACAACAAGAAGGACAAGGACCCGUCCAAGCCCAAGCAGCCCAUGUCGGCCUACUUCGUGUACUCACAGGAGAGGCGUGCCUCCCUGGUCGCGGAGAAGAAGAACGUGCCUGAGAUUGGCAAGAUCACUGGGGAGGAGUGGAAGAACAUGACGGGAGCUCAGAAGGCUCCCUACGAGGAGGUUGCAAGGAGGCAGAAAGAAGAGUACCACAAGCAGAUGGAGGUGUACAAGCAGAAGAAGAUCGAGGAAGCUGCGAGCUUGGAGAAGGAAGAGGAGGAGCAGAAGAAAAUCCUGAAGCAAGAGGCUCUCCAGUUGCUCAGGAAGAAGGAGAAGGCAGAUAACAUCAUCAAGAAAACUAAAGAAAAGCGCCAGAAAAAGAAGCAGGAGAACGCUGACCCGAACAGGCCCAAGAAGCCUGCCCCUUCCUUCCUCCUCUUCAGCAAGGAAGCGAGGAAGCAGCUGCUCGAGGAGCGCCCCGGCAUCAACAACUCGACGCUGAACGCGCUCAUCUCGGUGAAGUGGAAGGAGCUAAGCGGCGAGGAGAGGCAGGCGUGGAACGAGAAGGCCGCCGAGGGCAUGGCAGCAUACAAGAAGGAGAUGGAGGAGUACAACAAGGCUCAUAGCUCGACCGAUUGACAGAAUAACGGCUUCCUGUGUGCAGUUCAACUGUAGUUGAGUUGAACUUCCGUAAUAAGGAUUCUCAUCUCUGAAUCCUGGUCGUUUAGCUUCGUGACAGUUUAGUUGGCUUAGUUUCAGUAGUAGUUUCUUGAGCAUUUGGUUUGAAUAGAUUUGUGCCAUUUGAUGGUUGCCAGAGCUAUUUGUGUUUUCAACCAUAGUUGAAGUUAGAAAUCUCAGCACUCUGCUCCUUGAAGUUGAGCUAUUUGUUGCUGCCAGAGCUAUUUGAAGAAAAUUCUGAACUGAAACUGAAAUAAUAGUGAAUACCUGAUGCGGAAACUAUCCUU